UCACAGAUAUACCUGGGCAUCACAGAACAUCAGAAACAGUCCACCUGCGAGUCAUACCUGGAGAUUUAACAUAACAUACACGAGAUAUUCUAUCUAAGGAACUAUCUUUUGCAUUAAGAACAAAAUCUACAGGCAUGGAUAAAGGACUGAUACUCAGUGUUCUGUUGGUGCUGCUAUCCUUGGAAUUCAUGGCUCACAGUACUGCAGCUGCAACCAACAAUACAACAGCUUCUACCAACAUGACAUUGAAUGAGACAGUAACUAACAAUGCAACCAUAACGACUGCAUCUAUCAACGCAAGCACUGUGGCACCAGCUAACAGCACAACCAUGGUGACAACUGUUAGCAAUGUAACAGCAUCAGCUAAUACCAGCACUGCCACAACUACAGCAGCAUCAGAAAACAUCCCUGGAGUUGAAGCAAAUAUUUCUCGGCAAGGAUGUCGUUCCACAAAGCUCUGUGCAGCUGAACCCACGGAGUGCAAUCCUGCUGCUGGAGACAGUUGCUAUUUUCUUUCUGUCAAGCAAAAAAUCAACCAAACAUUCGACUUUGAGCUCUCAGGGCAGGCAGCAGGCUACAUUGCUGCUGGUCUCUCAACUGCUGCAAAUCAGGCUGGCAAUCACAGAGCCUACAUCUGUGCGAACAACAACGGUGGUGUCAAAUUCUUCACUGCCACCCUCAAUAAUUUUGUGCUAAAUUUCACAGAGUCGUUGAACUCAAGCAAUCAGCGGGGCACAGUCAACGGAGGCAAAAUCCAUUGUACAUUUACAGCUGUACUACCAGACACAACGACCCGAGCAGCGGCUUUCGCCAUGUCAAUUUUAACCGGGUCUUUAGAUGCCAAUGGGAAACCGGGAAAACCAGACUUCAGACUACUGACAGCUCUCGUGAACCUCUCGGACCCUACUGUCAACAUCACAAAUUUGUUGAACAGCAACACCACUUCCUCUGCUUUUCCAGUCACACCCACACAUGGUUCAUUCUUGCCAGCUCUGCUGGUCACCGUGUGCAUGCUGGCUUUCACAGCAAUGUGAAGCAACUGACCUUCACCAUGCUUGAAUAAAGGCAUAACUUCCUUAUUGAUGUCCAUCGCUUCCUAAAUACAGAUCACUAAUGUCUAACAUGGAGUUUAACAUGCACAGUUCUUCUUGUUUUGGUAGGAUUCAUUUCAUGCAAACUCGCCAUUAUCUAAAGUAAAAAGGUAAAAACUGUUCACAUCUCUGUACCACAGCUUAUUGACAAAUUUGCAACUAUUUGUGAUUCUGAAACUAAAAGAGGAAUGAUGUCAAAUCCAUCAUUGUUGUUGUUCUAUGAUUAUUUACCAACAAAACUACCGGAAUUUUGACCUGUGGUAUAAAUUGAAUGUAAAAUGUGUUCUACUGGAAUAUAAAUUAUAAAGGAACUUACUUUUUCAAGAGUUACAAACCAACUUGGAUUGGUUCUCACCAGCAUAUGUCAGUGUAUGUUACAGCAUUUAGGUUUCAAGGUCUGGUUAUUUUUGAAGCCUGUUUUACUGUGUAUGUUAAAAUCUUCUUUUCUUAUUUCGUCUUCUUUUAUAAAGUUUUUAUUCUUUGUUGCAAUGUUAGUGUUAAUUAUUUAGCAGUACCUACGUUAUGAAGCCUUUACUGGCUGAUGUGUGCACAUGCAAGUGGGAUGAAAUGAUGCUUGAAAUGGUAGCAAAUAUUGGUGAAGGUACUUUAAACAUUUGCACAAAUUAAUAAAUAUUUUAGUAUAUUUUUUAUAAUAAACUUUAUGUCAAUUUAUUUGCACAAUUGUUAAAUAAAGAUGUGUUAUGAAGGA